AUGUCGGCGGCAGCGGCGAUGCAGGUCGAGGUGACGAAGGUGGACAGAGGGAAAGGAAGAGGGGUAGCUGAGGAAAAACGAUGGUCCGACCACGAGCCCGAGGACGAUGUCCUGCCCGCCCUUCCCCUCUUUGAGGACGUCACCACCGCCAAGAGCGCCUCGACCUCGACUACCCAUUAAUGAUCAAGCACACCAUCAUCACCUGGAACGUAAGAAGGGGCAUGGGGGUCCCGGAAAAACGACGUAAUAUCUACACCUACCUUUCCACAUUCAAAGCUUCCGCGAUUCUCUUACAAGAGCAUUUCAUCAGACCACAAUUCUGGCAGCUCAUCAAGGACGAGUACGAGGGCAAGCUCUUCAUCAACCAGCACUGCCUGACCCUGAUCCCGGCCGACUCGCCCCUGAUCGACGCCGAGCUCUUGCGCACCCACUCGGCACUCGACGGCCGGCUCCUCGUCACCUCCUUUCGUCUGCGGGGCGACAUCAAAAUUCUAGAAAUCAAUAACCUCUACGCGCCCGUUGACCCAAAACAACGAGCAAAAUUCUUCGACAAACUGAUCCUCCACAAAACACAGAAAUCCCACCUCCGACUCCUUGGCGGCGAUCUCAACGACUGCCCGCGCCCAGAAGUCGAUCGGCGGAACCAAAGUCGGCGCGGCCACCACUGGCCGAUUCUGAUGGGCAAGCUCGACUCGGCCUACACGGACUGCAUCCGCUACAAGCACCCCAUCACCCCAUCUUUCACUCGACCUAAUCCCAAUCGCAAGCGACCCAACUCCUUCUCCCGGCUUGACUACUUUCUCCUACAAAGAGCUCACCAAAAAAGGCUCGACCAGGCCUCGACGAUCUACGACUAUCCCAAGGAUCUUUCCGAUCACCGACCGGUCUUGAUCGUACUGGCUCUCUCAGACGAUCUUGAUGCGGCUCUCCCACAGCUCAGCCUACCUACCACAUCCAACCAACUACAUCGAAUCAAUACCACAACCUUCAAGACGGUGGAAUUUCAGCGGAUGAUGGAAGGAUGGUUGGAAGGGGCAAGCGGGGAGGAUCCGGUGCGAGAGCUUGAGGAGGUUCUGGAGGCGUGCAGGGACAGGGGUGGGGAGAUGGCGAGGAGGCUGCAUCGGGAGCGGACGGAACGGAUGGAGUAUUUGGUGGGGAGGGUGCAGGAUCUGGAGGCGUUACCGGUAUGGGGGGAGGCGGAAACGGCAGAAUGGACAAGGACGUCCGAGGAACUCAAGCGGGCGGUCGAGGAGCGCGCGCGCCUACUCCGGAUCCGAGCCCACGUCCCCGAGAUCGCUUCCGAGGAACGACUGUCGCGGCCGGUCCACGCCAAGCUCGCGGCGCGGAACUCGGACUCCAAGAUCACAGCACUGCGCUUGGGCAACGGAGAGCUAACGCAUGACAUUGAUGUCGCUCUUGACCACACGCAGGCGCAUUUCCAGCGCCUCUACCACAUCGAGCCUCGUGAUCCGGAACGCGUCGACCGACUUCGGGACGAACUCCUCGUGCCGAUCAGGGCGGCACGGACUUGCGACGACCCGCGCUCAGAUCCGCUCUUUCUGCGCCGACUCUCGGAAGCGCAGAUUGAUCUCCUCCAGCAACCCAUCACCGAGGACGAGGUCGUGGCCGCGAUCGGGACGACGCACCCGGGGCGAUCGCCGGGCCCGUCGGGCGUGCCUUACGAACUCUAUCAGACCGCACCGGAGGCGUGGUCCAAGGUGCUGACCAAGGCCUACAACGCGAUGAUCGAGCGCGGUUCACUCUCUCCCAAGCAGGGCCAGGGACUCGUGCGCCUCAUCUUCAAGCGCCACAAGAAGAAUGCCGAUCGCGCCGAACUCUCGUCGUAUCGCCCCAUCACCCUGCGCGAGUGCGAUUACAAGAUUUUUACCAAGGUCUACGUCGCCCGAUUGAACCAAAUUCUGCCCGAUCUCCUCCCGCCGCAGCAGCACGGCUUCGUCAAGGACCGCCGAUCGGCCGACGCUGCACUACACCUUCGUCUCCUGAUCGAGGAACUUGGCGCGCGCAGGACCGAGUUCCCCGCGGCCGCGCUCUUGUCUCUUGACCAAUCAUCCGCCUACGACCUCGUCGAGCAUGACUGGAUCUUUGCCAUCUUCGACGCUCUGGGCGCUCCUACCACCUUUCUUCGCGUGCUGAGGAUGCUCUACUCGGGUGACUCGACCUCGGCGCGCUACAUCAUCAAUGGGUUCCUGACGGCGCCGGUGCGACUGACGUGUGGGCUCGGCCAAGGGGACCCGGCGUCAUCGUCGGUCUGGGACAUCGUGUUUCAGCCGUUCCUGGAUGCUCUACACCGUCGAAACAUCGCGCUGAAUCUCUCCAUACCUGCACUUCAUCCGUACCCACAGAGCCGCGCCAUUACAUCACUUGCAUUUGCCGAUGACGUUGUCGUCGCCGUCGCGGGCUUGGAGUCACUCAACUUGCUCGAUGACCUGGCGCUCGACUGGAGGCAUGCAACGAAUGGCCGGCUCAACACGGACAAGACGGUCGUCCUACCGAUUGGACGUCGCUGGGACCCUGGGGAACGGCCAAUCGUCGUCAAGGCCGCAGGCGAGUCGCUCGAGUGGAUCGGCCUCCCCUUCGACCCCAGCGGCGACACCGAACUCGCCUACGCGAAUCUCAUCGAACGGCUCGAGGCGAUGCUGGAAGCGGUUCAGCAUCGCUGGCUCACGCACCACACCCGUGCCUUUUACGUCAAUCGGUACGCCAUUCCCAAGAUCUUGCAUUUCCUUGCAGCCGACAUCCCGCCGCCCGAAGUCGUCAAGAAGCUCGAUGACAUGCUCGUCGAUUUCGUCCGUGGGGGCAAGGGCAGGACCAGCUACGGCAGAGACAUUGUGUUCACCGCCAAGAACAAGGGGGGACUCGGGGUGAUAAGGAUGCGGGACAUUGUGGACGCGGUUGCGGCACGGCUCUGGGACGUUCUUCUCGGCGGUUCCGGCGCGAUUUGGCAAGGACUUGCGCGCGCAGCACUCCAGCGAGCUCAGCCCGACCUCGACCUGGCCACCGAUCUCUGGCCACAUCCAUCCACUCCCAUCCCCAACGACCUUCAUCCCCGAUGGCACGCCGCACUGGGCGUUCCGAAACUUCACGACGCGCAGGUCAACCCGAGGGCCUUGACCACCGCGAACCUGCUCGCGCUGCCCACCCUGCUCGGCAGCCUCCACACCCCCAUCAGAGGGAGACAGACCAUCGACGCGGUUCAUAUACCUGACUACCUUCGUCUCCAGGGCUACCCGAAGGUGGCGGAUCUCUAUCGGCGCGAGUUGUAUGCGGGUGGGGGGUUUCACCUCUGGACGCCGCCGGCGGAUGUGCUCGGCGACAACAGCGAGUACGAUCGACGCGGGCUCCCGCAGCGACUGGCAAUCGCGGCCUGGUACCGGUUCACUGUCGAUCGACACAAGAACACACCCUUGGCGGCGGCGGUGGCGGCGGGACGACUCAACGUGCCUCCCCGGAUCGGCACCAGCGCACCGCUCGAGGCGAUCAUCCCCAAGCCCGUGGCCCGCUUCGCAAUGGAGCAGCGCCUUCCGGACCCGGUGCUUCCACAACAGGCGAGCCAGUAUACGCUGCUGAACAUGGCUCGACCCUACACAAUCCGUCGCAUCCGCCGGGUCCUGAACGCGAAGGCUUUCACCAACACGCUCGGGCUCAAGGGACCACCGCAGCCAGACGAUCUCAGGAGCUUCUGGAAGGCGGUCAACUCGAAGGCACUGACAGCGAGGGAGAGGGAAGUUUGGUUCAAGCUGAUUCUCCGCUUCACCCCGACGCGCAAGCUCCAGCACGAGCAAAAGCAUGUCACUUCUCCCGCGUGCCUCGUGUGCGAAGCGCCGGUGGACGACACCGAUCACUACUUCUUCGGCUGCGUCGACUCGCGGAACGUCUGGACCGCGGCAAGGGGCGUGCUCUGCGACGCGCUCGGAUGCGACACGAUCGAGGACGCCGAGUACACGACACUACAACGACUCUUUGGCCUCCCCAAGCUCAAGGCCAAGCUCAGCGAACAGGAAGGCGCAGGCAGGACGAUCGAGAUCUUCACGGGGAUGGUCUUGGAGAUGAUCAGCAGUGGGAGAUGGAGGAUGCAGAAGCACGGGACGAGGAUGGAAAGCCUGGAGCGGAGGAGGGUGGUACUGGAGGAGAGGAUGAAGUUGAGGGCGGGAGGAGCAAGAGGCAGGCGAGGGCAGUAGAGGCUAGGUUCGAUUUCCCCCCACCCCAUCCCACACUCACACACCCCACAUCACACAUCCUCUUACAAAAACUGUAUACUAAAUAUAUUUUCUUCAUCUUUCUUUCUUUUAUUACAGGUCUGCCUCCGUUGCUCAUGGACCGGCUCGCGAUUUGGGAUUGACUCGACGGUGGCUCGCGCUCUUUGGCUUCGGGGUUCUGAGUCAAGGGAGGGAUCAGCAGACACAGGCAGAAAGUCGGCUUUGAGGGGCCAGGGACUGCUGAGGUGGAGGUUUUGAGGGGCCUCCACCGCGUCUUGUUGUGACCGAGCAUAGACUUGGGGACUUCGCGGGUCAGGGUAGCUGCGCAGUCGCUCUCCUGUCUUUGUCUCGACCGAGUUGGGAAGUGGGUGCGGGGUGGGCCUCUUGUCGUUAGUACGCCAGUUCUUUUUCAUUUUCUCUCUCUCUCCUUCUCUCUCUCAUUCGUCUCCUGGGGGGGAGCAACCGCUUGGCUGGGGCACUUGAAUCCGAAGUAUCGGAUUGGUGGACUUGGCCCGUUUCUCGCAUCUUGCGGGCGGUUUGUGUUAUCAUCGUCGACUUCCAUCUAGUUUUUCCGUAGGCCAAUCAGGGGGAACAGGAAUUGGGGGCAAUAUGAUGAACGGUUUCUACAAAAAAAAAACACAAGUACCACAACAACCCAACCAACACCAACAACAACAACAACGACACCACCAACACCAACAACACCGACAACGACGCUUCCGAGGUUGUGGCCCCUAGCCGCGCCCUCGGAACCGACCAACUCGAAUCGCGGAACCGAUUUGCGGGGCUCGAGGUCGAAGGAGGACAGGAGGAUGACGUCGAGGAGGAGGAUGCAGGAAAGGAGGGCGAGGAAAAGGAGCAGGUCGAAGAAGGAGAAGAGGAUACGGGCGCCAAGGCGGACGACGAGGAUUCGGACUCGGAUGGGAACGCCGGAGCGGGCAUCGACAAGGCGGGAGGCGACGACAAGGACGACGACAAGGACGACGACGAGGACGAACAGGACGACAGCUCGGAGGGAAGCGAACAAAGGGAGGACGAAGGAAACGAUGGGGAUGACGUGAUGAAAGAUGGAGCAGAGGAGGAGGACGAAGGGACGGAGACGGAGGUGGAAGAAGAGGUCGAGCAGGAACAGGGGGUACAGGACGACAGCAUCAUGAUCAUCGACGACGACCAAACGACGAUCACCACGGUUUCCCGCGAGUCGACUCCUCGGAGUCCCUCGUGGCCUCCACUAUCUCCUGAGACGUUGGCAAAGUCGCUGCGCGAGGGUGCGGAGUGGGACCGAGCUAACGCCGAAGCUGCUGCACGUGUCCAAGCAGAAAAGGAGGCGAUCAUCAACGCCCAACUCGACGCGGAGGAACCGCUCGUUCGCCACCAAUUUGCAGAGUGGGGUCAGGAAGAUGGACAACUGCGAUUCAUCAACAUUCGUGGCACCGGCUCCGGGUCGAACAAGAAGAUGAAGAGGUCGCAAACGGUGGCCGAUCUCAGCGAUCCGAGCGACGACCCGGUCGAUAUCAAGCGCGUUCUGAACAGGGUCAAAGGUCGAGCAGGAAAGGAGGUAGCGGGUCAGGGGAAGAGGGUGACGAGGUCGAUGUCGGCGGCGGCGGCGAUGCAGGUCGAGGGGGCCAAGGCGAAAGCGGAGAAGGGUAAAGGGGUGGAGGAGGAGAAGCGCUGGUCCGACCACGAGCCCGAGGAUGACAUUCUCCCCGAAUUCCCACUCUUUGAGGACGACACUACCGCCAAGAGCACGUCUACAUCGUCUAUCCAAUAAUGAUCAAGCACACCAUCACCAGCUGGAACGUGAGGAGGUGCAUGGGGAUCCCGGAAAAGCGACGCAACAUUUACACCUAUUUAUCAACAUUCAAAGCAUCCGCCAUUCUACUACAAGAACACUUCAUCAAACCGGAACUCUGGCAAUGUAUCAAGGACGAGUACGAGGGCAAGGUCUUCAUCAGCAAACACUGUCUGACUCUGAUCCCCGCCGACUCGCCCCUGAUCGACGCCGAGAUUUUGCGCACCCACUCGGCACUCGACGGACGAAUCCUGGUCACCUCCUUUCGACUUCGAGGCGACAUCCGGAUACUCGAGAUCAACAACAUUUACGCACCAGUCGAUACAAAACAACGACUCACAUUCUUUGACAAACUACAUUUCCACAGGACGCAGAGCACCCACCUUCGACUCCUCGGCGGCGAUCUCAACGACUGCCCGCUGCCGGCGAUCGAUCGGCGGAACCAAGGUCGGCACGGCCAUCACUGGCCGAUCCUGAUCGGCAAGCUCGACUCGCCCUACACCGACUGCAUACGAUUCAAACACCCGCUCACACCAUCUUUCACUCGACCCAACAUCGUCCGCAAGCGACCAAAGUCCUUUUCACGACUUGACUACUUCCUUCUGCAGCGCACCCACCAAAAGCGACUCGUCCAAGCCUCGACGAUCUACGACCACCCCAAGGACCUUUCGGAUCACCGACCGGUCUCGAUCGUCCUAGUUCUCUCGGACGAGCGAGGAGACGCGGCUCAACCCAACAAUAGUUUACCAACGACAUCAAACCAAUUACAUCGUAUCAACGCGGCGACCUUCAAGACGGCGGAGUUCCAGGGGAUGUUGGAAGGAUGGUUGGAAGGAGCGAGUGGGGAGGAACCGGUGGGGGAGCUCGAGGUGGUGCUGGGGAACUGCGCGAAGGAGGGUCGGGAGCUGGCGAGGAGGGAGCAUCGGGAGCGGGUGGAGCGGAUGGCGGUCUUGGUGGGAAGGGUGCAGGAUCUGGAGGCGUUGCCGGUGAUGGGGGACGAGGAGACGGCCGAAUGGACGCGGACGACGGAGGAACUUAGGCGAGCGGUCAACGAGCGCGCGCGCCAACUUCGGAUCCGAGCCCACGUACCCGAAAUCGCUACCGAGGAACGACUGUCGCGGCCGGUCCACGCCAAGCUCGCGGCACGGAGUUCGGAUUCCAAGAUCACAGCACUGCGAUUGCCCAACGGAGAGCUGACACAUGACAUUGACGUCGCGCUUGACCACACACAGGCGCACUUUCAGCGCCUCUACGAUCUCGAGCCGCGCGAUCGGGACCACGUCGAGCGACUUAGGGACGAUUUCUUGGCGCCGAUCAGGUCGGCGCGCACUUGCGAUGACCCGAGCUCGGACCCGCUCUUUCUGCGACGACUCUCGGAAGCGCACAUCGAGCUGCUGCAGCAACCCAUCACCGAGGACGAGGUCGUAGCCGCAAUCGCAACAACACACCCCGGUCGAUCGCCGGGUCCAUCUGGCGUGCCCUACGAGCUCUAUCACACAGCGCCGCGGGCGUGGGCCAAGGCGCUGAGCAGGGCCUUCAACGCGAUGACCGAGCGCGGCUCGCUUUCACCGAAGCAGGGGCAAGGACUCGCUCGCCUGCUCUUCAAGCACCACAAGAUCGGGGCCGAUCGCGCCGAGCUCUCGUCGUACCGGCCCAUCACCUUGCGCGAGUGCGACUACAAGCUCUUCACCAAGGUCUACGUUGCGCGACUCAACCACGUGCUGCCGGACCUGCUCCCACCGCAACAGCACGGCUUCGUCAAGGGCCGCCGAUCGGCGGACGCGUCAUUCCACCUGCGACUCUUGAUCGAAGAGCUGGGCGCGCGCGGCACCGAGUUCCCUGACGCGGCGCUCUUGUCUCUUGACCAAUCGUCGGCUUACGACCUCGUCGAGCACGAAUGGAUCUUCGCCAUCUUCGACGCUCUCGGCGCUCCUGCCGCCUUCCAACGCGUUCUGAGGAUGCUCUACUCGGGUGACUCAACCACGGCGCGAUAUAUCAUCAACGGCUUCUUGACUCCGCCGGUGCGGCUGACGUGUGGGCUCGGCCAAGGGGACCCGGCGUCGUCGUCGGUCUGGGAUGUCGUGUUCCAGCCGUUCCUGGAUGCUCUGCACCGUCGAGGCAUCGCGCUGAACCUCUCGCUUCCUACCAUUCACCCCUACCCACAGAGCCGCGCCAUUACAUCCCUUGCGUUUGCCGAUGACGUCGUCGUCGCUGUCGCGGGCUCGGAGUCACUCAACUUGCUCGACGACCUGGCGCUCGACUGGAGGCUCGCAACCAAUGGCCGGCUCAACACCGACAAGACCGUCGUACUACCCAUCGGGUGUCGUUGGGAGGCUGGCGAUCGUCCGCUCGUCGUCAAGGCCGAGGGCGAGUCGCUCGAGUGGAUCGGCCUAUCUUUCGACCCCACCGGCAACACCGAACUCGCCAACGUGAAUCUCGUCGCACGGCUCGAAGCGGUGCUCGAUUCGGCACGGGACCGAGGGCUCACACACCACACCCGAGCGUUCUACGUCAACCGAUACGCCAUUCCCAAGAUUCUGCACAUCCUCUCCGCCGACAUCCCACCGCUCGAGGUCGUCAAGGAGCUUGAUCGCAUUCUCGCCGACUUUGUCCGCGGCGGCAAGAGGAGGUCGUGCUAUGGCAAGGACGUCGUCUUCACACCGAGGUUCAAGGGGGGUCUUGGGGUCAUGCGGAUGCAGGACGUCGUCGACUCGGUUGCGGCACGCGUCUGGGACGUGCUUCUUGGCGGUUCGGAUGCGAUCUGGCAGGGACUUGCGCGCGCGGCGAUUGUACGAGCCCAUCCCGCCCCCGACUUUGACUUGGCAACCGAUGCGUGGCCUUGCGACUACACUCCGAUCCGAACCGAUCUACACCCAAGAUGGCAGGCCGUGCUGAAGGUACCAUCGACGCACAAUGCGCAAGUCAAGCCGAGGACGUUGACGCUCGCGAACCUUCUCGCUCUUCCGAUCAAGUUGCACACCCUUCACUACCUACCGGGAGCACCAGCUGUGUCGCGACCACCCUACGACGCCGACUAUGCUGCGUUUGCCAUUUACGCCAAGGUAGCGGACCUGUUUCGACGCGAGCUGUACCCGGGCGGGGGCUUUCAUCUCUGGACGCCGCCGACGGAUGUGGUCGUCAGCAACAGCGAAUACGAUCAACGGGGCCGCCCACAACGAGAGCACAUCGUGGCAUGGUACCGACAUGCGAUCAAUCGAUUGAGGUUCACACCAAUAGCUCAACCGGUGGCGGCAGUACGAAUCAACGGGCCUCCCCGAGUCCGCCCCACCACGCCGCUCGAGUCGAUCCUGCCCCAUCCGAUCGACCCGCCGCAGCGCCUUCCGAGACCGGCUCUCCCAGACCAAUCAACACAAUACAACUUGCUCAGCAUGGAUCGGCCAUACACCAUCCGUCGCGUCCGCCGAGUCUUGAAUGCAAAGGCCUUCACCGACACGAUCGGUUUCAGGGACUCGCUGCAGCCCGACGAUCUCAAGGGAUUCUGGAAGGGGGUCAACUCGAAGGCAUUGACGGCGAGGGAACGCGAGGUGUGGUUCAAGCUCGUCAGGAACUUCACCCCGACUCGGAGUCUGCAGUUUCAUCAAAAGCACGACGACUCGCCCGCGUGCCUCGUCUGUGGAGCGCCCAAGGACGAUCGGGAGCACUACUUCUUCGACUGCGUUGACUCUAGGAACGUUUGGAUCGCGGCAAGGGGCGUGCUCUGCGACGCACUGGGGCUCGACACGAUCGACAACACGCAUUACACGGCCGUUCAACGCAUGUUCGGACUUCCGAAGCUCAAGGCCAGUCUGCGCGAUCAAGAAGGAGCGGGAAGGACGAUCGAAAUAUUCACCGGGCUGGUCUUGGAGAUGAUCAGCAGCGGGAGGUGGGGGAUGCAGAAGUGGGGGACGAGGAUGGAGGGUGUUGGGAGGAGGAGGAUAAUCUUGGAGGAGAGGUUGAAGCUGAGGGCGGGAGGAGCUUGGGGGAGGAGAAGGCAGUAG